AUGGCCACCGCCUCCACCACCAAGAAGCGCGCCCUCCUUGACGCCGAGCGCGCCAACGCCGCCGCUCUCGCACACACCCUCGCCGCCUCCCAGCCCCCACCGCCCUAUCAUCUCCUCGAGCUCAUUGGCAAGGGCUCCUUUGGGCGCGUCUACAAAGCCCGCACCACCACGUCUUCUCCCUCGCUCGUCGCCGUCAAAGUCAUUGACAUUGAGCGGGGCGAUGCCGCCGCGCCCGGCCUCGCCGACACGCUCGCCGACCUGCAGACGGAGCUCCGCGCGCUGCGCGCCCUCGACGACGCCACCAAUGUCAACCACGUGCUCGAGGCGCUGCUCGUCGGGCCCGCCGUCUGGCUCGUCGUCGAGUACUGCGCGGGCGGCAGCGUGGCGACGCUGAUGCGGCCGGUGCGCGACGCCGCCGGGACCGGAACCGGCGGGCUGCGGGAGCGACGGCCGCGGCGCUGGCGUGGGGUCCACGCCCGCGGCGUCAUCCACCGCGACGUCAAGGCCGCCAACGUGCUCGUCGCCGAAGACGGCCGCGGCGUGCAGCUCUGCGACUUUGGCGUCGCCGCCAUGCUGCGCGGCACGGCGGAGAAGCGCAAAACCCUCGUCGGCACCCCGCACGCCAUGGCACCCGAGCUGCUCGCCGGGAGCAGCAGCGCUGCUGCUGCCGGCGACGGCUACGGCACAGAAGUCGACGUCUGGGCGUUUGGCGCCCUGGCGUACGAGCUGGCGACGGGCCGCCCGCCAAACGCCGCGCUCGGCAUGGGCCUCGCCAAGCUCGGCCGCCAGCUGCAGAUGGAGAUGCCGAGACUGGUCGGCGACGCCCACUCGGCGGGCCUCAAGGAUCUGGUGGCGUGCUGCCUGCAGCGGGACCCGGCGGCGCGGCCGACCAUGGAGGCGGUGCGGCGACACGCGUACCUGGCGGACACGGAGACGCGGUUCCCGACGGCGUCGCUGGCGCAGCUCGUGCGCGCGUUCCGCCUCUGGGAGGCGCAGGGCGGCGACCGGCGCUCGCUGUUUGCCGAGGGCGGCGCGGCGGGCAUGUCCGAUGGCGGCGCCGAGCACGAGGACAGCGACGACGACGACGUGCUCGACUGGAACUUUAGCACAGCGGUCGAGGCCGACGUCGAUCAUGUCCUCGACGCGUCUGACAGUGAGGCCCUGGCAGGCGCGUACGGGAUUGACAGCCGUAGGGAGGAGCCGCAGCAGACGUAUCGACGGCGGCGGCGGGCGCCGCCCAAGCACGCCGCCGCCGCGGCGGUCAAGUCGCCGCUCGAGAAAGUGUUCGACUCCAACACGCUGUCCAACUACGACGAGUACUCGCGGCAGUACUACGCCAAGUUCCUGCCGGCGCCGGUGCAGCAGGCGCUCUGGCAGAACGGCGUCGCGCCGGCGGAUGGUGCGGACCGGGACUCGCUCAUCGACCUGGACCUGUGCCUGGUGGUGGACAGCGGGAACAGCAGCAGCAGCAGCAGCGACAGCAGCAGUAGUUCGGCGUUUAGCUCCGUAGACCUGGGCACGGAGACGAUCCGGCCGGGGCCGCUCGGAUGGGGCGAGGCGGGGGAGCCGCAGGGCGAUGGCAGCAUGAGACGCGCGACGCAGGACUGGAAGUUUCCCAGCUUCUUUCCGCAGCCCGCUUUGGAAAGCAGCCGCUCGCCGCCGCCGCGCUGGGACGAGGCGGCGGCGGCGGCGGUGGCAUCGGAUGCGUCCCACAGCCGCGGCGAGUCCCUGGACAGCUUGAUCGACCUAGACUGGAGUGUCGCGCCGCCGCCGCCGUCGAUGAACGUGGAGUGUCGCCGGGCUGCGGACACGCAGCACCGCCCGCGGGAGCCGCCGGCCCCGUUGGCGCCUUUGCCGCAAGUCAUGCUCGGGCAGGCGGGAGACGAGCAGGUCAAAGACGAGCUCCGUCGACUGACGGCCAGCUUGUCCGAGCACCUGCGCUACGCCACCGUGCAGCUGGGCAGUCUGCCAGUCGGCCGAGCGAGUGAAAAUUGA